UUCGCCGAGCAGCAGCAUUGUGUCUGGAGGAAGAAAGAUAUCAAUACAAGGAACAAAUAUUGGUUUUACUGGAAGUCGUUACAGCGUGUUAUUUUGUAAUAACAUCAAAUGUCUACAUUGCAGAUUUAUUCAAAUUGAAGACGACCAUACUUUGACAUGCAAUAUGGAAGGAUCAGAGAGUGUCAUAACUUUAACAUAUCUGAUUGUAACUAUAGAUGGAAAUACACAUCUACGUCUCAACAGCGAAUUUAUUAUUGUUGCUGAUCCAUUAGUUGUCCCCCUGUCUGUAGACAGUUCUACUGUAUUUAGAAGUGGAGGACAAAAACUCACUAUAACAGGAACUGGCUUUUUAAAUGUAGGGAUUGUUAUUGUAGACACUCCAGAUGCUGUCCCAUGUACAAUAAUAUCUGAUAGCAGUGUGAUUUGUAAAUCUCCUCCGUAUGUGAAAUCAGAUUUCGAAAGAAGGAAAAGAGCAGCUGUACAAAAUAUCUAUGUGAAAUUUGAUGAUUACAGAGUAUCCUUGGGAGUAUUUUAUGUGAAUGAUCCUCUAUUCGAGAAACUAUCGAAAGAUUUUGUAUAUAUUAGUAAUGCAGUCAUAGAAAUCAAGGGCAGUGGGUUACUACAAGGUGCUAGAGCUGAUGACUAUUUAAUCCGUGUAGGCCUAGAUGGUUUAUGUCUUAUUACAGAUAUAAACAAUGACAACAUCACAUGUCUACCACCCCAAACCAAACCUCGUAGUACUACAAACACUGGAGAUUUAGUGUUUAUUGUGGUUAUCGUUGGGAACAUCAAUGAACCUGUUGGAUAUUUGCGAUAUGAACCUUCUGUCAUUGGAAAUAGUAAUAUAGUUCUAUAUGGAGUAGCUGGAGGUGUUACUAUAGGAGUUUUGGUUAUCAUAGCAUUUGUCGUUAUAAUGAUGCGGCGUUCAAUGAAAAGGAAAAUAGAUAAGACAAAGACUGAAAUGAAGGAAAUGAAAGAAGAAAUUAGCAAGAUUGUAGUUAAAGCCGAUGAAUUGUCUGCAGGAAUAGCAAACUCCAGGAUGCAAUUUGAUGAGCCUUAUGACGAAGUUUAUGAUGAAAUAAAUUCAGAGGAAGAAUCAUUUAGCAAAUCACAUAGAAACACAUACUUAGAUGUAACUUCUGGAUAUGAGGAUCUUGGACAAAUGACAGCAACCAACCCGUAUAAUGAUCUUCAACAACAUACUGAAGAUCAAGAAGCGGCGACUACUGGUUAUCUUACAAAUACACAGCUAUUUUCUAAUGACUUGAGCCAAUCCGAGGAUUAUAUAGAACCGGUAGAUAGUAAUACAACAAAUUAAAGCAACAACUCAAAUCAUGUGUAUGUUAACUGCAGAUGAUAUGAAAACUAGCGGAUUGAAAUAAACAUUCAACAGAUAAUGAACUUAAACAAAAAUACUUGAGUAUAUCAAUUUCAAAUAUGAAAUGUAUUUGUUUUAAUAAAAAAUUGAUAUACAAA